AUGCACGUCCCCGUCCUACUGAAUUUGUCAAAGGUCUUGCUUCCUAAAUUUGGAUAGAGGCCAUCAAUCAUUUUUAAAAAGAUAAAAAUUACUCCGGUUGAUAAUCAAAACGAAUUAUUAGACGCACAACUUACUCUUACUUUUUAAACGACUUACCUGUGUCAUGCUUCAUUAACUCUUCUCUACGCGACGAAGCGUGUAAAUACCCAGUAAGUAAGGCACGGAUGGCGGUGGGCAGAAGAUAGGGUUGUUAGAUCACGAGACUGUCAUCAUGGGUAUGGAUCGUCUGCUGUUACUAAUAGCCUGUCUCUUGUUGCUAACCAGUUUUCCCGCCAAGUGUCUGAGGCUGGAAGGAACACUUUCUACCAAAGAGGACUGGGAAUUUUUAGCAAGAUUUUGUUUUCUGUCAAACAAAGGAUCGCUAAGAUUUGAGUUCGAAUACCCAGUGGAAUACAAGACACAGAAUGUAUUGCUGUACUUUGAUGAAGCUAGUCAGUGGGAAUCUGUAUAUAAAAAAUCUUUGUCGUGUGAUCAAAAAGUAGCAGUAUUAAAUCCUGCCAAUAACCAAAUUAUAGCACUCUCGACGCUUUAUACCUGGUCUGGGUGCAAAGAGGUCACAGAGAAUGGGGUCACCAAGGUCAAAUGCACUGGAGGUCGUACAUUCAGGUCGUCAAGGGAACGAUGGUGGUUCAUUGCCAUAAGUCGCUGUGACCCAGGAACAACAGGAACUACUGGUUUGAACCUAAAAUACUCACUACAUAUGACCAAUGCUAAAGAUGAUGAUAUUCUAAGACAUGAAUUCUCAGCUGAUGAAUUUUAUAUCCUGCCUAUUGAUAUCUCCUUUACCAUUAUGUAUGUCAUAGUUUUGGGUGUGUCCAUAUUGUUUGCACACUUGCUGAGACAGAGACAGUUGUUCCACACGACCUACAAGAUGUACAUGGUGUCUCUUGGCCUCUGGACCUUCAGUCUCAUGUUAUACAGCAUAGCGUACGGAAAGUACGCCAACACUGGAUACAAAGAGAGGGGAACAGAAUAUGCAGCGCGAGGAUUUGGGACCCUGAGUUACCUGACCUUUAUUCUACUGUUGAUUCUGAUGGCGAAGGGCUACACAAUCACUAGAGGAAAGCUGACAUCAGCCAGUACAAUAAAAAUCUCCGUCUUCUUUACCCUUUACUUUGUCACCUUUGUUAUCCUGUUUAUCUACGAGGCUUUGGUGUUUGACCCAGGUGAGGUUCUGUACCUGUAUGAGAGCCCCCCGGGGUACGGACUGAUCACCAUGCGACUCCUGGGCUGGGCCUGGUUCUGUUACUCUGUAUUCUUCACCCUCAAACAUUACAAGUCAAAAGCCAUGUUCUAUUACCCAUUCUUCAUCUUCUAUACUGUUUGGUUUUGGGCAAGUCCCAUUGUAGCUGUAAUAGCUCUAACAGUCAUGGAUCUCUGGGUCAGAGAAAAAACUGUUGUAGGGGUAGAAAAUCUUGUCGCAUUUUGUGGACACAUUUUCUUUUUGAUACUGACAAGGCCACAAGCUGCCAACAAGAACUUCCCUUACCAUGUCAGAACAACUCAGAUUGGCUCGCUAAUGGGUACAGGGGACAGUGAGCUGGACAGCUUCAGCUCUCACCCCUACGCCGAGGACCCCAACAGUAGGAGGACUUCCGUCGACUCUAAGGCCCCCGAUUUCUCCAGCCUCUUUAUAACCUCCAACUCCCGCAGUACAGACAGAUUGGUGCCUAACGAGAGCUACAGCGAAUUCCCAGACACCGCCAUCAGAGUGGAGAGCGGUGCUCCUCCCUCGUAUAAUAGUGUCAUGAAUUCCAGGCGACACAGUGAUAAUAUUGUACGUCGGCCCAGCGGAGCGGUGCUGCCACCUAUCAGACGUAAUACAAUGACCUCCACAUCCCUGGGGUCAGACAUGUCCUCUGAACCUUCCUCACCACACGGGACAGCGGCCCUUUUCACCAUCGGAGAAAAAUAAACAUAUUGUUUUCAUGCUACUAACACUUAUAAAUGUAUUAAUGAAAAGCUGUGUAAUUCAAAGAGGACACUGCUCUUUAGAAUGUUGAGUUACCUGAAAA